AUGGGCGCGCUGAACUGCCACCAAGCUAGGCCAAAGCAAACAUCCUCGCGGCAACUCAAGGCGCGACCCAGAUUCAAGCCCAGUGGCUUGCUGCAGCUGACUCCGGAGCUGCAGGCGCGGAUCUGGUGGCUGCUGGCAGGUGCCGGGGCUCUGGCGCCCAGCUUUGCGCCCCUGGCGGCGCUGAAAGCCGCGUCCCGAGAUCUCCAGGAGGCAGUGGAGCAGUCAGCCUUUUGGCAGCGCAAGGUGGACUUGCUGCUGCGCUCGGGGGACUUCAAGUUGAUUUGUCAGGAGCAGGAUCCGAUCCUUUGCUGCGUGCUGCUGCUGAGCGCCUGCCGCCUGCUGAGGGCCUCGCUGAGCUGUGACUGGCUGGCGCUGCACGACCUCUUCCUGGUGCUGGGCGGCCUGGGCGCGAGGCCUUGGGCCUUGGCGCUGGUGCUGCACUCGCUCUGCUCGCUGCAGGAGCUGCCGCUGCCGGCGGCGGCGCAUUGGCUGUGGGAUGUGGUGGAGGGCUCCUCCACGCCGUGGCUCUGCUCCCGGCCGCCGCCCGAGGCCAAGAGCCUGGAGCCGCUGAGGGCCUGGUUGAAGAAGUUCGUAUCCAACGAGAUUUGCACCUGGCGCGAGAUCUCGGAGAAGGACAAGGAGGUGCUGCCGCGGAGCUACGCGAGCCGCUGCGUGCGGGUGGCGCUCUGGCUGCUGCUGGUGCGGCAGCUGGGCACCGCGGAGGGGCUCGAGGAUGGCCGGGUCACCGCCUGCGUGAAGGCUGCCAGCAAGUUUGGGAGCAGCAAGCUGAGCCAGCUUUGGGCGGUGCCUCUGCUCUUCCUUGCUGCGCCGCUGCGGCAGGCCAGCAUCCAGACCAAGCCAGGUUGGGAAGGCCUGAUGAUGCAAUCUCGGGUGGAGGCCGAUGCUGAUGCCUUCAGCUGCAUUUUCCCCCUGAGCUUCCCCGGAUUUUUCGUGGACUCAGGGUGGCUGCAUUCGCAGCGCGGAUGUUGUCAUAGAGCUCAGCCAAACUGGGUCCAAUUGGAUGCCAGGUUGGAUCCCAUAUCUGGGACCUACCAGGGGCAGUGGGCGGAGGAGAGCUUGUCGCGACCCCUGGACCUGCUGGUGUUUUCGCUCAACUGCUGCGAUGCCAACUUUCGGGCCUUGGUCUCCGGUGCUGAAGAGGACAACGCGAGUGAGGGCGGCGCCUUCGCGUCUGACCGAGUACCUUUGCCUGGGGAUUAUUAUCGAGAACCAGAUGACGUUCUCAGAGGAUUGACGUUAGAACACGACGUGACUUCGAGCUUCUCGGAGGAAAGUUACUGGAUGAUGUCAAGCUGCCGGCCGUUCACGGAGCAGGUUUUCCAGAAGCUGCCCCGAGAUGCUGAUGCUACACACUGGCGGUUUCAAAGAACCGACGUGCCCCCAGACUGUCCGCAAGAGUCGAGCUUGGAGGCAACCUCAUUCCACCUCCAGUCGGCUCGCGAGGUGUCUUGGGAAGUUGGCAAUCGCUUGCUGGACUUCCUGGAAUUGCAUGACGCGAACAUCACAAAGGUCAACAGACUCAAAUUCACAGCGAAGGCGCAAGUCCUAUGCAGUGGUCUCGUUUGCGAGAUCAAGAUCCGCGUCUAUCAGGACGGUGAUGACAGGAUUCUAAUCCUCGUCCAUCGUGUGAGGGGCGACGGCCUUGCUUUCAGCGAGUUGUUUCGACUGCUAAAGCAGCAUCUUCUCGCCACUCCAGCAAGCUCCUCGGCCUCUCGACCACCCUCUGUUUCACUUGCGGCGAAGGCCACAGACGUUUACUUGCAGCCACUCGUCGAGGCUGCUCACAAUGCCGAAGACACCGAAGCAAAGGCGGAGGCCGCGGCUGGUUUGGCCGCUGCGGCCGAGGACACCGGCGUUGUGGAGCAGCUCUGUCAUCUUAAAGGGGCGAGCUGUGCAGUCAAAAGGCUCCUUGAGGUAAAUUGCUUCGAGGUGUCCUGCCAAGUGGCGCGAUUGCUCCUGAAGCUGGCGGUUGUCCCCGGGGCAGAGGCCUUCUUUCAGGAUGGUGUGCUGCGAUUGCUUCAGGAUAAGGUUCAACACUUGGCGACAGGGAGGAUGCUGAAGACCCAGCUGCUGCAAGCAGUUGAGAGGCUUACAAAGGCUGCGAUGGCUUCUUGUGCAGAGGUUCAGUCAUACGUCCAGCGGCCUGUGGUUCACUGCGGGUAG